AUGUCCGCAAAUGCUGGCACAAGCGAAAGCAGCAACACAAACAGCGGCGCCAACGGCCAUGCAGUCGAAUCCGGGGAUGCUGUGAAUUUGCCCAUCAGGACCGACAGCAGCAAGUCCAGCUUACCACCGCCAGGGCAGACGCUCACUGGCAAGCAGGAACAUUAUCUAAAGAGAGAACUCAUCUCGGAGCAGGUAGGAUGGGAAAUCAGCGAGCUCAACUCGCCCACUGCCCUCCGGCGGUUUGGCGCGCCCUUCAAGUCCGACCUGGGAGAAGUCACCCCCUACGACUCCGAGUUACCGAUCCUUCGAUUCAUCUUCGUCCAUCAUGUCCGCGAGUUCCCAUUCCUCGACAAGGCCAGGGAGAAGGAGUUCUGGCAGGAUAAGCUGCAGGUCUUCUUGGAGUCCUUUGCGAGCAAGAAUAUCUCUUCCUCCGAGGACCGUUUGGAGGAGACUAAGCGUCGCAAACUGGCGCAGAAGAGCCAGAAGCUCGUAGAGCUGAUGAUGGUCUCAGGCAUUCCUACUUCGUCUGGAUUCGAGGAAAGGAUCCGCUUCUCUGAAAUGGAGGUCGUGGACAGGGACGCUAUCGACACCGGAGUCCUUCAUACGCAACCGGAGGGCAAUUAUAUCAAUGGCUGGGAUGUGAAUAUGGCCGGCGUGCGUGUGACGAAAGAAUUCCUAUUACGCAUCAAGAAGAAGGGAGAGAUGGAGUAUUUUAUUGGCCGCCGCUAUGGUGACUUCAGUCGUCUACACAAGAACUUGCGUCUUGAACUACCCGGCAAAGUUCUUCCACCACUGCCCAAGAAGAACAAGUCCAGCUCGACCACGUCCGGCAUUUUCAGCUCCGGCGGCGGCGACUCGGACGAUGACUCUGUGUCAUCGGCGUCUACUCAAAGAACAGGCCGCACCCCUAAUAACGGAGCAGAAGAAACCAGCAAUAAGAGACUAUCAGUGAGAGAUGCUCUAGGUCACAAGAGAAAAGGUUCAGCUGCGUCGUCGCUCAGGGGAUCGCCUAGGCCGUCAAUGGACGACAGGCCAUUGAGCCCCCUCAGUCCAGGCAAGACAGAAAAUGUCGUGCUGUUCCGAGAGAGCCAACGGAUAUCGCUCAGAUCUUUCUUGCGCUCCCUUCUACAGAACCAGCAGAUUGCCCAAACCAAGGCUAUGCAGGAGUUCCUCACUCGAGACCCCAUCAAACUCAGCGACGAUGACGUUGCCGAUAUAAUGAGACGCAAAUCGGUGGAUGCAAAGCGAGUGGAUGAGCAAAAGCAAUUUUAUGAGAUCGCAAGAAAGCGUGCAGCCGAGCUGGACAUCUACAUGGAGCAAUUCCGCCAAGAGAUCGUGGACUCGAACGGUCUCACGAAAUUGUUCCAGGAGAUCAAGGAUAAAGAGACGAUCCAGGAUCUGAGCAUUCAAUACCAGAAGUUCGCCGAGUGGCUGCGGAUAGAAGUCGCAGCCACAAUCUAUCACUUGUUCUUGGCAGAAGACAAUUCUCCGGAAUUGUUCGCGCAGGCGAAGAGGAUACAUUCUCUCAUCCCCUACACGAUCAUCAAGAACAUCAUUCGGAUAGCAAACCCUGCGGCAGUAAUGUCCAGCAUUUUGGAUGUGUUCCUCGCCCAGCCAUUUGGGGCCAAAUCACUAAUGCAGAGGAUAUUCUCGCUGGCGUUGCACGAUGGUAUCAAGAGCUUCCAAAAGUCUAUAGACGCAGUGGCGGCAAAGAUUGGCGAUGACGUCUUCGUUGAGAAGAUCAAGAAGUACACUGACCUCGAAGAUCAUCUCAAGAUCGCGAUUCGCGAGGAGGCCACGAGCGAGGAUGUGGACCUGGUCGUUGCCGUCCUGAGAUCAGACCUUAUCGAACCCGGUCUUACAGGCGAGCAGAUUCAAAGACUAUACAACGCUUAUGUUGCAUUCAACAGUGCCGUCGAGAACGUUGAUGAGGAGCUCAAGCAGGGCGCACAAUUGUUCUCGUACCUCAAGACGCUCAUGAAACUGUACACCCGCCAACGGGACAAGGAGAUGAUGCUGCAUCUUAUCGAGGAGCCUGUCACGCUGCAACUAUUCCGGGAUUUGUUCACAAUCUUCUACGAGCCUCUUGUCCGGGUGUACAAAUCGGCAAACGUCUAUAGUAGUGUAACAGACUUUGCGGUCUUUAUGGAUGAUAUGAUACAGGUUGUCGAAAAGUGCCGCGAGCAAGACGCUUCGGCAGAUCCGAACCAGACCGUGCAAGCUUUCAUCGACCUAUGUCAAAGGCAUGAACACAACUUCUACAAGUUCGUGCAUGAAGUGCAUGUUCACGACAACGGCUUGUUCACGCAAUUGAUGGGUUGGAUUGAGGGCAUACUAGAAUUCCUCCGCAAGGGACCCAAGAACGGCGCACUCGACAUCAACGCCCUGUUUGAGGGAGCAACCAGCAAUAAGACCAUAGACAAGGAAGUCGCCAUCAAAGAAAUCAACGAGCUCAUCUCAUGGCAAGAGGCGCGGAAGAAGUGGCACCAGGACAAGACGCGACAAAAAAUGGCUGCCGACGGCGGCAAUGGGCAGCUGGACAUCAUUCCGGGCGGGAUGAACUUCACUAGCGCUGACUUCGGGCUCGACCAGAUGGACCUGGAAGACAUGGGGUACGACGACGACGACUCGGAGGAUGAGGCCGAGGAGGAAGCACAGGACGAGCUGGACCCGAUCGAGGCGGAGCGUAGGAGGCGUGCCAAGAGGCAGGACCGGCUGCGGCGGACCGCUGGAGAGCCGCUGAAGCCGGCUGUGAGCGAGGUGCACAAGCUCAAGGAGAACUUCCUGGUCAUGCUGAGGCAGACGCUGGCGGAGUAG